AGAUCUAAUUUAUCAGUCGUGGCGGGUAACUGAGCUUGAAUAGAAUUAGAAAAGUUGGAAAGCUCAUCAACUAGUAUAAUAAAACGGUUGGAAGAGAACAAAAACAAAAUUAUUUCACCUAAAAACAUUUUGAUGAAUGUCCAUCAGGUCGCUUUCAUAAUUCCAACUUUUCACCCGACAUAAAGCAGUUCAGAAGCUAAGGGAGUGAAUAAUUAAGGGUUCUUCGUGUAUGUGUCUAUAAUAUUUAUCAUCACGAAAGAGAAAAAAAAUAAAAUAAAACAAAAAGAAAAAGUUGAAACGAAUUGAAAAUAAUAUCACAUCACGCAGCUUUUUAAUUGAUAUGAUAAAUUUAACAAAUUGCCUAUCAACAACAUGAUGAUAAUGAUGACAAGCCGUAGUUAUGUGCUGUUGUUCCUAUUGAUGCUUAUGGGCAUCAUAACAGCAAAUGAUCAGAACGAUUGGGAAUCAAAAUGCAAUCGAUGUCGAUGUCACUGGAAGUCAUCGAAGAAGACAGCAGAUUGUCGCGAUACUGGACAAAUCAGUAUUCCAAGUGACCUCCACACUGACAUUCAAUCUUUAGAUCUUUCCAAUAACAACAUUGCUGAAAUUCAAAGAAAUCAACUCUCAAACUUCAAUCUCCACAACCUUCACAAGCUCUUGAUCUCAAACUGUACAUUAAUUCAAGUAGAUCGUGAUGCUUUCGUUGGUUUAUCAAUUCUCAUCGAGCUGGAUCUCUCGUAUAAUCAAGUUAAAGUUAUUCAUCCAGGAACAUUUCAUCCAUUGAUAAAAAUCAGAAAAAUUCUUCUUCAUGAUAAUGAAUUGAUUCAAAUUUCUGAUCGAACAUUUGAAAAUCUCCAACAUUUGAGUCACAUUGAGUUGAAGAACAACAAAAUUCAUUUUGUUGGUGAGCAGGCCUUUCUGAAUGUACCAUUAAAGACAAUUUACUUGUCGAAUAAUCGCCUUCAAAAGCUUGAAAAGACAACAUUCAUGAGUCUGACGCACCUCAGCGCACUUUCACUUGGUGGCAAUAUGUGGAAUUGCUCAUGCGAAUUGAAAGAUUUCCGCAAUUUUGUCAUCGACAAAAAGUUGACGACUGAAACAAAGUGCCAUUAUCCAGACGCAUUACGUGACAAACUUUGGACGGAUGUCGAAGAAGAUGAGUUUGCAUGUCGACCAAGAAUUCUUGUACCUCGCGGUGCUGCUUUUGUGAGAGCGAGUAAAGAGAAUGAAACCUUAAUGUGCCAAGUUAGAGGAUCACCUCGUCCAAAUGUAGAAUGGCUUGUUGGUAAUCGUUUGGUGCGUGAGAAUGAUCAUUUUAAGAUCAGAACGUUUGAACCAAUGGUUUCAAUAAAGAAAGAUGAACAUUUACGUCAUGUUACAUCGGAGUUAACUAUUGUUGGUCUCCGAAUGUCAGACCAUGGAAAAUAUGUUUGCAAGGCAAGCAAUAAAGGUGGCCAUGACGAGUUUGUUAUUCAACUUGACAUUCCUGCUGAUCAUUUUAAAGGUGGCGCAUUUGUACCACCAACAAGUAACACAUUCUUCAUGAUUCUUUGCAUCAUUGUCGGUGUUCUCUUCAUCAUUUUAUUCACCAUAGCAAUUCUUUGUUGUUAUUGUCGUAAAGUGAAUAAAUAUGAUAAGAAGCCGUCAUCUGAUAAUGCACUUUUAAUGUCACAACAAAAUGGAACAACAACGAAACUCAACGGAAAAGCACAAAAUGAUUCAAUUCUCGAUGGUGGUUCCGUUAUUAUGGAAAUGCAAAAGAGUUUACUAACUGAAGUCAAUCCCGUUGAGAAGCCACCACGUCGAACAGAAGUUGAUUCAAUUGAGAAAGAAUCUGAUGACGUUAGUGAUGUUAAACAAACAUUGUUGGAUGAAACAAUAUUUAUUCAAAACGAUGAUGAAACGAAAUCUGUUCAAAUGUCAGAUUCAACACAACCCCGAUCACGUCAAGCUUUUAUCGAUGAUGGUUAUGGUGGAAACUUACUUCCGCCUGAUCUUCUUGCCUUUCCUCGUUUCCCACAAUCACCAUCGAUACAAAGUUCAAUCUCGAAUAUUCAUGACACGAGAAUUUAUGCACGUUCACCUUUAACAAGUCCAAUUUAUGGUGAGACUACAAUACCAAGUGGUUUCAGAACGUUGCAACAUCCCAAGACAGGUCGGACGAUAGCUUUAGCGACCACACGUUCAAACUCACCUUUUAUUCCUGCACCGAUUGUUUAUCCUUCAAUGAUGAAACAAGGAUAUGUAACAAUACCGCGAAAGCAAAGAACUGGUAGUUGGGCUCCAUCGGUAGCAAGUGAUUUCCAAACAUCGCCCAGUUCCCCACCGCUAGAAGUAGCUGAACCAGUUUAUGAUAAUCUCGGCUUGCGAACAACAGCAGCUGGAAAUUCGAUUUUAAAUCUCAAUAAAAUAACAGCUGGAACGAGUAAAGGAAGUGGGAUGAUAAGUCCUGGUGCUAAUCUCAAAUACACGAUGAAAGAUCGUCCAUUGCCAGCGACACCAGCUAAUAUGAAUAGUGAACAAAAGAAAACGAAUGGAUCAAUUCGAGAGCCUUUAUAUAGUAGUGCAACAAUUGAGAGGAAAGUUCCACCUCGACCACCACCGAAACCGAAAAAGAAGCCGACACUUGAGAGUAGCUUUAACGAGAGUCUUGCGCCGCAGCCACUCAUACGAACAAUCAAUGGAAAUCGUUUCGAUGAUGAAGGCGAAGAUGGCACGGAAGUGUAGCCAAUGUGCAAAAUCGUGUUAGUUUAGCUUUGUGCUCAUCAUCUAGCUGUAGGACGGAAACCAAUUAUGCACAAUGCUGAGGUAAGCGGAUUUCUAUGCUCUCCAAGCGCGUGUUGAAUCCGAUUUUCAGCGUUCGAAAUUUAAUCAAAUUUAUGAUUAAAACAUAAAAUUAAUGACGACGUCCGCAACCAGAUGAUGUUCACUAAUCUUCUUUGUGAUUUCGAAUUUAAAAACAAAACACAACAUUUAUUUGAUGAGAUAGAAAAAACAAAACAUUAAUAAUAUGAAAUUAUUUAACUUCUUGUGCCAAGAGACUGAAUUAAAAUGAUAGAAGAAAAACGGUGCGAAAAAAAAUGUUGUCAAAGUGAGAAGAAAACUUUUAUAUUUGGUACUUUAAAUAGUGAAUUAGUUUUCAUAAGUUUCAUUGCACGUCAUAACUUUCUUUUCAAGAAGAGAUAGAUAAUCAUUUCUUUAUGUUUAAAGAAUGCACAGAGUUAAGAAAAUAUUUUAUAUUAAGAAAAUUAAAUGUAAUUAAUUGAAAAAGAAAAGAAGCUUUUAAGUUUAUGAGAAUGGAAGGAAAGUUUAGGAAACAUCUCGAGGGAGACAAAUGAUUUUAAUUUUCUCUUAUUUUAAUGUAUAUUCCUUCACUCAUAUGAGAUGAUGCUUUUUAUGUCCUAGAGGCAAAAGCUUUCUCUCGUUUCAAGCUGAGAGUUGAAAAAGUUUUUCUUUCUUUCUGACUUUUUUUUUUAUAUUUUGUUUAAUUAAAUUCCAAUUCUUUUUUAUGGGUACAAUAGAACAUUGAAUUCCUUUUUUUAUAUCUAAAAUAAUAACAUUUGAAUUAAAUUUAGAAAAAAAGGAUUUAUGAAAUGAAAUGGUUGAAAGAGACUUGCAAUAAAAUGUUGUUAAGUAAAAUAUGUUGAUAGAUUCACCCCAAAAAGGAUACAAUGAGAUUGAAGCAUAAAUAUUUCAUGUAAUUUAACUUUGUUGAAAGCUAUCAUUUAGAAAUGACUAGAAGAAGAAAAAUUCUCUUUAUGAAUCAAUUCAGGACAAUAAAAAAGCAAGAAAAUUAAAAUCAAAACAUUUCUAUCUUAAUGAAAGAUUUUUUUUUUCUGUAACUUGAGUUUUCAUCUAUUUAUGUGUAGAAAGAAAAUUUAAUAUUUUACUGCUGAUAAAUGGAUAAUUAGGAAGAUUGUCGGGAUGGUGACUAUCAGCAAUUCUCUAAUCAGUUUAAUCAAUCAACGACAGGAACGUUUACACAAUUUAAAAAACUUCUGGCUACUAACAUAUUCUCUUAAAAAAGAUGAAAUUAAUUAUAAAACAUUGUAAGAGCUUUAUCUCGAUGUGAAAGCGAUCCUCUCGUUUUAAUUAUUCUAAGUCUCUUUAUUUACAUUAUUUCAAAAAAGGAUGCUGAAAAAAGGAAACUCUCAUUAUAAUUGUAAAUAGGUAGAUAUAUCACAAAAAGAAACAGCAAAACAUAUUUUCAUUCGCAUUAAUGGCGUAAACAAGUCGUUCUGAUAAAUAAUAAGAGAAAAAGGUUUCAUCCUCUCUAAUGACGACAUAAGAGCGUAGUUUUAAAAUACAAACGAAAGAAGAGUCUAUAAGUAAUAUCUAAAAUGAAUUUUUUUACAAUUUCAUCUAAGCAUCAUCGCAACAUAAUUAUAGCAUAGAUAUUUACAUACAACAUAAAUACUUCGUAGAUCAUUUUAAAAUUGUUUCAUUUUUACUUCUCUCAUUAGGUUUAUGCCAAUAUAUUUAAUUUUAAUGAGUUUGUAUAUUUUUUUGUCAUCAUUUAAAACAUAAAUAAAUUUUCUUU